AUGUAUGGUGGAGCUAAGACUCGGGUUAGGACUGUGGGAGGUGACUCAGAGCCUUUUCCGUUGGUUAUGGGGUUAUACCAAGGAUCUGCGUUCAGCCCGUACUUAUUUGUCCUGGCGAUAGACGCACUGACACACCAUAUUCAAGGGGAGGUGCCUUGGCGUAUGCUGUUCGCGGAUGAUAUAGUUUUGAUUGAUGAGACGCGAUGUGGCGUUAACGAGAGACUGAAGGAAUAUUUGGAUUCAAAGCUGGAAAAGUUAUUUGAGAUUGUUGACAAGUCGAAAAGGAAAUAUGUCGCUGAAGAAGAUUCUGAAUUUAUGAACUAUCGAGAAUAUGAUAGAAUGAAUGAGGUCUUCAAGCCUCAGUCUGAUGUAAAUGCUGCUGAUGAUAGACUGCAUAAAGCCCCAGAUAAAAAUGCUGGAAGUGAGCAAGUUAAGUGGAAGAAUGUUAGAAUUGAGAAAGAUGCAGAUGAUGAAGCUGUUGGUACUAAAGAACAUGUACUGAAUGCAGAUGUAUGUACUCGUAUUGCAACAGCUAGAGUCGAAAAAAUCCUUCUGCAAAAUACUCCAAAGCUCCCGAGCGAUGCUGCACCAUUGAAUGAAGCUGAAGCUGCUGAGAUAGAGAAAGGUAUGCAGUCCAAUGAUAGCACAGAGGAAGGCAAACAUCAAGAAAGACUUUAG